UUCAACUCAUUUUCAAAAUUUUAGCUUAAAACGUCAAAAGAAAAUUCUAGCAAAAAAGCAGCGGUUUAUUGGAAGAUAAAAAACUAAAGAUUUUCGUGAAAAAUUCCACGUACAAGAUCAAAAACUGAUAUAUUUAAAUAACAGAGCAAGGGCGAACAAACGAUGGUAGACUACAGCAAAUGGAAGAAUAUUGAAAUUUCAGAUGACGAGGAUGACACACAUCCCAACAUCGACACUCCUUCGCUGUUCCGUUGGCGUCAUCAGGCUCGCGUCGAACGCAUGGCCGAGAUGGAGCGUGAAAAGGAGGAAUUCAAGAAGAAAAAGCAGUCUUGCCAGGCGCGUUUGAUGGAUGUAAAAGAACGCAUACAAAAGAAAAAAGGUGAUGAGACGGAGCUUAAGGUAAAAAAAUUAAGGCUUUUUUCUUUAAAAUUUGUUUAAAUGAUAUUACCAUGCAGA